CAGCGGCGGCAGCUCUCUGCACGGGCGGAGGCGGCGGCAGGAGCGGCAGGCAUGGCCCGCGCGGCGCCCAGCGCAGACUGAGGGUCAUGCUGUGGCCGCCCAGCGCCUGACAAGUGACGAAGAGCCUGCCAGGGGAUCACUGCUGGCAGGAGCUAAGGGCAGGACAGCCUCAGCUCAGAAGCAGGGGUGGGCAGGGCAGCUGCCCUGCCAAGGCCAACAGUCCCAGGAAGGAGUCUGGAGUCCCAAUGAGGACCACACAAGCUCUGCCGGUCCACAUGGCUUAGAGUCUGGCACCUUGCUGAGCAGCAGCUGUUCCCAGCUCCAGAGGACCCCACAGCACAGAAUAGGUGCUUUGUGAUCCACUGUGCCACUGGUGGAGCUGCGGCCAUCUCCAGGAGAAAGGACCAGCACCUCUGAUGGGAAGCAGCAGGCCCGACGCUUCGCAGAAGGUCUUGGGUUUUUUGCAGCCCUGACACCCAUGAAGAUCACUGGUUUUCUUUCUGGCCUUGAGUCGGGCUCUUUUCCCCUGGCCAAGGAGUUGGACCAGGACGGCCUGCAAGUGUGAAGAGGACUCGUGCCUGGAAUGCAGGCCCCCUGAAGCCCGUGCACUCUCUGCUAUAAUCAGGGUUCCAGGGAUCCCCCACUGCAGGGGAGCAGGGGCAGCCUUAGCGUCUGCUCAUGAGCCACAAGGACCCAGACUGCUCCAGACUGGACCUUUUCAAGCCACCAAAGAGGGGGGUCCCCGGAACUGGCAGUCAGCACUCUCAAGGGACUAGAGGACUGAGAUGGACUGACCUCUGCCUUGACGGGGUGGCAGAAGACGCAGAGUCUUUGUGGCCCAGCUAGUGACUGAGAGAGACCUGAGGAAGUUCUGAGCAGAGAGGCUCCGGUGGCUCAGGGACGGGGUGGGGAGGGAGGGAGGCUAUUCCUGCUUUCUCCUUUUGUUGAGGGAAGGUGUGGCAAGAGUCCCCUGUCACACCUCGUGCCCCUAUGCCCUUUCUACGUGCUGCCAGAACAAGCAGGCUGCACCGUGGCUGGCCCCGCAGCGGGCCGGGAAAGGAUUGGCCACGGUGACAGCCGCCCCGUGGCCAGCACGAUGAAGUGCUCUCUUCGUGUGUGGUUCCUCUCUCUGGCAUUCCUGCUGGUGUUCAUUAUGUCCCUGUUCUUCACCUACUCACACCACAGCAUGGCUACCUUGCCCUACCUGGACUCGGGGGCUCUGGGCGGCACACACCGGGUGAAGCUGGUACCAGGCUACUCCGGACUACAGCACCUCGGCAAGGAGGGGCUUUCGGGGAGAAAUUGUGCCUGCAGUCGCUGCAUGGGGGACGCCGGCACCUCUGAAUGGUUUGACAGUCACUUUGACGGUAACAUCUCACCAGUCUGGACCAGAGAUAACAUGAACCUUCCCCCGGAUGUCCAGCGGUGGUGGAUGAUGCUACAACCCCAAUUCAAGUCACACAACACCAACGAAGUGCUGGAGAAACUGUUCCAGAUCGUGCCUGGUGAGAACCCCUACCGCUUCCGGGACCCCCAACAGUGCCGGCGCUGUGCUGUGGUUGGGAACUCAGGCAACCUUCGGGGCUCUGGCUAUGGGCAAGAAGUGGACAGCCACAACUUUAUCAUGAGGAUGAAUCAGGCACCGACUGUGGGCUUUGAGAAGGAUGUUGGCAGCCGAACAACUCACCAUUUCAUGUACCCGGAGAGUGCCAAGAACCUACCUGCCAAUGUCAGCUUCGUGUUGGUCCCCUUCAAGGCCCUGGACCUGAUGUGGAUUGCCAGCGCUCUCUCCACAGGACAGAUCAGAUUCACCUAUGCCCCAGUGAAGUCCUUCCUUCGAGUGGACAAAGAGAAGGUCCAGAUUUACAACCCGGCCUUCUUCAAGUACAUCCACGACAGGUGGACCGAGCACCACGGGCGCUACCCUUCCACAGGAAUGCUGGUGCUCUUCUUUGCACUACACGUGUGCGAUGAGGUGAACGUGUAUGGGUUCGGGGCAGACAGUCGAGGCAACUGGCACCACUACUGGGAGAACAACCGGUACGCGGGCGAGUUCCGGAAGACAGGCGUGCAUGACGCCGACUUCGAAGCCCACAUCAUCGACAUGCUGGCUAAGGCCAGCAAGAUCGAGGUCUACCGAGGGAGCUGAGCGGCCCUGAGCGCCUUCAGAACCAGUCACUUCUGUGUCCGGCAAGCGCCGGUUGCAGCCCACCAAUCAGACUGCGCCGUCCCCAGCAACCAAUCAGUGCUGCAGUUGGGAGGAGCUUCUUUCUUAGCCAAUCACGCAACUCAAGGAGAACUUCAGGCGCCGCCGUCUCCACCAAUCAUGGCCUUGGGAGGCGGCGGGCCUCGACCCCCUCCCCUAAACCUGCUUUGGAUAAGAAGUUUGAUGCUUUUUAGGAGGCCGGUCUGGGGCUGGGCAGGAGCGCCUUGAACUGCUCAUUUCCAGCUUAGGUCGGAUGGGUGAGUGAAGCCCUCCAAAGAAAUGUGGUUCCGGUGAGACACUCACUCUCCAGGGCUUUCCGUGGCUCACCAGCUAGUAGGGGGUUGAAUUCACCCCCUGUUGGGUUGAUCUCCCUAGCGCCUCACUAGUGUCAGGAACGGGUAGGAAGCUCCACCGGGUCACAUGCAAGGUGCUUCUCUCACGUGUGCCCUCACUCCUGUCCCCCACCACCUUCUCAGCGUCUGUCCUUAGGUCCUGGGCCUCUUCUCCAGCUCACCUGUUGAUUUGGAGACAAAGUGAGACCACCGGGACUUGGCUGCUUUUGCUCUCACGCACGCAUGCACGCACGCGUGGCCCGUGCCUUUUAGCCCUAAGGCGUGAGAGAGCAACACGGUUGGACAGUUGGCUGGAAAAGAGAGCCCUGAGCAUGUACCUUUUUCUUUCAUUGUCACCCCCAAAAGAGGAGCAGGCAGCCUCUUGCUUAGGGGUAGGAUUUGCUUUGGACUCAUGUUUUAGUUACCCUCAAGCUGCCAGGGAUGGCGAUCCAACCAAGAUUGCUUGCUUGACAAUUGUUUGCGGGCCUCGCAGAUGGCUGGGGAGGAGCUUAUUGGUGGCUGCCAAGCAUGCCUCCUCCUGUCCGCACCUUUACCCUGCUUACUCGCCUGUUCUACUCUGCUCCGGAAGGAGUGCUCAGUCAAGAAUCAGGGGUUACAACUGGAAGCUACUUGCAUGACUUGACCCGGGUCACAGUUGAGGUUCACUGGGAUAAAGGGCUUCAGUGAAUGUCUCAGGCCCUAGAAAACACUUCCCUGCAGCGUCCACAUAAAUAUUUCUCAUUCUUAAUGAGUUCACGUUACCAAGCAGCCUCCUGGUUGGGGGACAGUCACACAUAAGGGAGAGUGUUGAGAGGUUUGGGAUGAGGCAACAAAUAACCCUAAAAACUAAUACAUGGAGAACUUUGCUCGAGUCUGUUCCUUCCCAGUUUCAAAAGCACAGGUGGAGGAAAACGGAGGGGGUACACUGAGCGUGGCUGUAGCAGAACCUCUCAGGGCUCUAACCAUCACGCAUAGUCACGGUUCCAGUUCUUGCCUAUAUCAUCUCUGCUCUCAAGAAGCUGCUGUGAUGAGAAAUGGGAAAGCAAUGCAAUUAUGCCAAACAGUAUUGAUUAGAAUAAUUUAUUUUUCUUUGUUUUGUUUAAACCAUGAAUCCCCAUUCUAGAAAAGGUAGGUCCCAGAACCCCACAUCUUCUAGAGUUAUUUAAACAUUCAACUUUAACUUUCGAUUCUUUUCCUGAAUUAAAAAGAACAAAGCCCA